CUUGCCUUUGACUAUAAGUGCAUGCACAGGAAUGGAGCUUGAUGAGAUCCAAUGUCAGCUAUCUUUGUGAAGAGCCUCGAUUGCUUUUAUCUGGACAGCGACCGCGUACCCGACUCUGAAAGCGAAAACUGUAUUGGCCAUGCACGGAAGAACUCAACAUGAGGUUGUGGCCCAAGGUUGCAGCGGAAGCCAUGAGCUUUCGAACAACCAUGAUCGUCGAGAGGUGGCAGUUCCCUCUUCCGAGGAGCAAGCUGGAAACACGACAGGCCUCUUACGUGUUUUUGGCUGCUUCUUGAUUUUUGUGAACAUCUGGGGCUUUGUCUUUAUCUUUGGAGUUUUUCAAAGCUUUUAUGAAUUGUCCUACAUACCUUCCGAGUCACCAUCCUCAAUCUCUUGGGUUGGUACUGUCCAAAGCGCCCUUCUCUCCAUGAUCGGGGUCCUCGCUGGCCCUCUUUUCGAUCUCGGGGCAUAUCGCCUGAUGACCGUCACGGGUGCACUCCUUGUGCUUGUCGGACUUUUCAUGCUCAGCUUAUCAACAGCAUAUUAUCAAAUCUUUCUAAGUCAAGGCGUCUGCAUUGGCAUCGGUGGAGGUCUGCUGUAUGUGCCUUCGUUGGCUCUCGUUAGCACCUCCUUCAAGAAGAGGCGCGCACUGGCCCUCGGCACGUUGACCUAUGGAAUCGGCAUAGGUGGCGUGGUUUAUGUUGCAGCCUUUCAAUCCCUCCUUCCUCGUGUCGGCUUCGCCUGGACUGUACGUGUUCUGGGCUUCAUUGCGACUGCGGUAUUCGGCUUGGCCGUGCCUAUCUUGGUGUCCAACAGCCCAACGAAGCAGACGUCUUCCUCGCCUUGCAGACUAUUCGACAAGGCCGCCCUACAAGACUUACCGUUCCUCAUAUAUUCCCUGGCGUCCUUCAUCAUCUUCUUGGGCUACUUGAUCCCCUUCUUUUAUGUUCCGUCCUACGCUCAAGUCGUUCUGCAAACACCAGCAUCAACUGGAUUUUGGGCGCUAGCCGUGUCAUCAGCAACCUCCAUUGCAGGCCGUCUUGGAUCUGCAUUGGUCGCCCAAAGACUUGGCAUCAUGAUCUCCUGGGUUGCCUGUUCUGCCAUAUCGGCAACGCUUUGCUUCUGCUGGAUCUUUGUGCACAGUGUACAAUCACUGUAUGCAUUUUGCGCAUUGUAUGGCUGCUUUUCAGGCGCUUUGGUCGCGUUGCCUCCAGCCAUAUUUCCCAAAAUUUGCAAGGACGCAAAUCAGCUUGGCACCUGGAUGGGAAUGGGUUGGUUUGCCUCGGGGAUUUCCUUCUUGAUAGGCGCCCCGAUUGCUGGAGUUCUGAUCAAAGUUAAUGUGACCGGGUCUAAUGGCUACAACUUCCUAGCGGUGCAACUCAUGAGUGGACUGCUACUUGGGCUAGGCACGGUUUGCCUAGUAGCGCUUUGGGUACUCUUGGUCAAGGUUCGAGGUGAAAGACUUCUUGUCUGAGACUAAUGUCAAGCUUGACAUCACGAGAGAAUUGGGAUGGGAAGACUGUUCUUAGUACUGCGAGAGUAGGAAACCAACGGCAGAAAUCUGGGCCAAAAAAAUGCAAUCCAACAACACGACAAACCAGGGAAAGUGAUGGGGACGGGUAUCAAUGGCUACUGACUUGGUGUUCAGUAGCGGCCACUAGGCGCAGAAGCAUGCCGAUUCGUGUUGAAUGCUGAGCUCGCAACAUGAAGAUACAAGUCCCACCUCGCCAGCAGCUCCCACGUUGCAGAAUAGCCACGUCAAUGCCUUCGAUAGAGUCCGGCGGCUACUGCGCUUCGCUCGCACAGGAGAUCAAGUACUAAGCACUUCUUGCUUAUCCUAAAGGGGAAAACC